CCGGCAAAGGGGAGGGGCAAGUAGCGGUACGAAAGGGGCGUGUCGAGCGCUGCCCAAUAGGAGGCUGGGGGGCGGAGCUAGCGGGACGCGGGGGGAAGCGGUGGUUGCGGUCGCGCAGCGAUGUUUCAGCUGUGCCUCCCCCGGGGGGGCCGGGCCCUGCUGGGGCUGCGGCUGCUGCGGGGCCCCCCCGGCUCCCGGCGCCCCGUCAGCUACGAGCCCAUCCGCAAGGUGCUGGUGGCCAACAGGGGUGAGAUCGCCAUCCGGGUGUUCCGGGCCUGCACGGAGCUGGGGAUCCGCACGGUGGCCGUGUACUCGGAGCAGGACACGGGGCAGAUGCACCGGCAGAAGGCGGACGAGGCCUACCUGGUGGGGCGGGGGCUGCCCCCCGUGCAGGCCUACCUGCACGUGCCCGACAUCAUCCGCGUGGCACAGGAGAAUGGGGUGGACGCGAUCCACCCGGGCUAUGGGUUCCUGUCCGAGAGCGCUGCCUUCGCCCAGGCCUGCCUGGACGCGGGGGUCCGGUUUGUGGGGCCCCCCCCGGCCGUCGUGCGCCAGAUGGGGGACAAAGUGGAGGCUCGAGCCAUUGCCAUCGCUGCUGGGCUGCCGGUGGUGCCGGGGACGCCAUCGCCGGUGUCGGGGCUGGCCGAGGCACGGGACUUCGCGCUGGACGCCGGCUUCCCCGUGAUCCUCAAGGCCGCGCAUGGCGGCGGCGGCCGCGGCAUGAGGGUGGUGCGGGCACCGCAGGAGCUGGAGGAGAGCUUCUCCCGCGCCUCUUCCGAGGCUUUGGCCGCCUUUGGCAACGGGGACCUCUUCGUGGAGAAGUUCAUUGAGCGCCCGCGGCACAUCGAGGUCCAGAUCCUGGGGGACCAGCACGGGCACGUGGUUCACCUGCACGAGCGGGACUGCUCGGUGCAGCGCCGGCACCAGAAGGUCGUGGAGAUCGCGCCCGCGGCGCGGCUGCAGCCGCAGCUCCGGGAGCGCCUCGCCAGCGACGCCGUGCGCCUGGCGCGGCAGGUGGGGUACGAGAACGCGGGAACGGUGGAAUUCCUGGUGGAUCAGAGCGGGAGCUACUACUUCAUCGAGGUCAACUCGCGCCUGCAGGUGGAGCACACGGUCACCGAGGAGAUCACGGGCGUGGACCUGGUCCACGCGCAGUUGCAGGUGGCCGCGGGCCGGUCGCUGCCGGAGCUGGGGCUGGAGCAGGACAAGAUCCGUGUCAACGGCUGCGCCAUCCAGUGCCGCGUCACCACCGAGGACCCAGCCCGCGGCUUCCAGCCCGACACCGGCCGCAUCGAGGUGUUCCGCAGCGGGGAGGGGAUGGGGAUCCGCCUGGACGGCGCCUCCGCGUUCCAGGGCGCGCUCAUCUCGCCGCACUACGACUCGCUGCUGGUGAAGGUGGUGGCGCACGGGCACGACCAGACCGCGGCCGCCGCCAAGAUGCGCCGGGCCCUGGCCGAGUUCCGCAUCCGCGGCGUCAAGACGAACAUCCCGUUCCUGCAGAACGUCCUGGCGCACCCCCAGUUCUUGGGGGGUGUCGCUGACACCCAGUUCAUUGAUGAGAACCCCGAGCUCUUCCACCUGCGCCCCGGGCAGAACCGGGCCCAGAAGCUGCUGCACUACCUGGGUCACGUGAUGGUGAACGGCCCCAGCACCCCCCUCCCAGUCAAGGCGAAGGCGGCGCUGAUGGAGCCCACCCCCCCCCCGACACCCAUGGGGCCGCCUCCACCGGGGCUCCGCUCCGUGCUGCAGCGCGAGGGCCCGGCCGCGUUCUCGCGGGCGCUGCGCGCGCACCGGGGGCUGCUGCUCACGGACACCACCUUCCGGGACGCGCAUCAGUCGCUGCUGGCCACGCGCGUGCGCACGAGGGACCUGGCGCGCGUGGCGCCCUUCGCGGCGCACAACCUCAGCGGCCUCUGCAGCAUGGAGACGUGGGGAGGUGCCACCUUCGACGUGGCGAUGCGGUUCCUGCACGAGUGCCCCUGGGAGCGGCUGCGGGAGCUGCGGCGCCUCGUCCCCAACAUCCCCUUCCAGAUGCUGCUGCGCGGCGCCAACGCCGUCGGCUACACCAACUACCCCGACAACGUCGUCAACCGGUUCUGUGAGGUGGCCGUGGCCAACGGCAUGGACAUCUUCCGCGUGUUCGACGCCCUCAACUACCUGCCCAACCUGGUGCUGGGGAUAGAGGCUGCCGGGCGGGCAGGCGCCGUGGUGGAGGCCGCGCUCUCCUACACCGGCGACGUGGCCGAUCCCACCCGCACCAAGUAUAGCCUCCAGUACUACCUGGACCUGGCGCGGGAGCUGGUGGCUGCCGGCACCCACAUCCUCUGCAUCAAGGACAUGGCGGGGCUGCUGACGCCGGGCGCCGCGCGGGUGCUGGUGACGGCGCUGCGGGAGCGCUUCCCGGAGGUGCCUCUGCACGUGCACACGCACGACACGGCCGGGGCCGCCGUCGCCUCCAUGCUGGCGGCUGCCAAUGCUGGCGCUGACGUGGUGGACGUGGCCGUGGACGCCAUGGCCGGGAUGACCUCCCAGCCCAGCAUGGGCGCGCUGGUGGCCUGCGCCCGCGGCACCCCUCUUGACACAGGCAUCUCGCUGGAGAAGGUGUUUGAGUAUAGCGAGUACUGGGAGGGCGCGCGGGCGCUCUACGCCGCCUUCGACUGCACGGCCACCAUGAAGUCCGGCAAUGCCGACGUCUACGAGAAUGAGAUCCCUGGGGGGCAAUACACCAACCUCCACUUCCAGGCCCACGCCAUGGGGCUAGGCCACAAGUUCAAGGAGGUCAAGAAGGCCUAUGCCGAGGCCAACAAGCUCCUCGGGGACCUCAUUAAGGUGACCCCGUCCUCCAAAGUGGUGGGGGACCUGGCGCAGUUCAUGGUGCAGAACGGGCUGUCGCGGGAGGAGGUGGAGGCGCGCGCGGACGAGCUCUCCUUCCCGCUCUCCGUGGUGGAAUUCCUACAGGGAUACAUCGGCACCCCCCCGGGUGGCUUCCCCGAGCCCUUCCGCUCCCGGGUGCUGAAGGAGCUGCCGCGCAUCGAGGGCCGCCCAGGGGCAUCGCUGCCGCCGCUGGACUUCGAGGCUCUGGCGCAAGACUUGGGGUCCCGCCAUGGGGCCCCCCCCAGCCCCGAGGACCUGCUCUCGGCUGCGCUUUACCCCAAGGUCUAUGAUGAGUUCCGCACCUUCACCAGCACCUUCGGGCCCGUGUCCUGCCUCGGCACCCGCCUCUUCCUCGAGGGGCCCGCCAUCGCCGAGGAGUUUGAGGUAGAGCUGGAGCGGGGCAAGACGCUGCACAUCAAGGCGCUGGCGCUGGGGGACCUCAAUGCCGCGGGGCAGCGCGAGGUCUUCUUCGAGCUCAACGGGCAACUGCGCUCCAUCCUCGUGCGGGACACACAGGCCAUGAAGGAGAUGCACGUGCACCCCAAGGCCGACCGCGGGGCCAAGGGCCAGGUCGGGGCGCCGAUGCCAGGCGAGGUGGUGGAGGUGCGGGUGGAACAGGGGGCGCAGGUGGCCAAGGGGGACCCCCUCUGUGUCCUGAGUGCCAUGAAGAUGGAGACCGUGGUGACAGCCCCCAUGGCCGGCACCAUCACCCGGGUCCACGUGCGCCCCGGCAUGAGCCUGGAAGGGGACGAUCUCAUCGUGGAAAUCAAGUAGGGGGGUGCACAGGGACCCCCCCCAAACCUUCCCUUUGCAUCCCCCCUCCUAAUAACCCACCCACCCGCCAAGCCCCCGCCCGAAAUGACGCCUCUGUUAAAGGGGGUACUGGCCCUUUAAGACCGACUUGACCACCCCCGAGCCCGCGCCCUGGCCUAAGCGCGGUAGCGCCACCUGGUGGCCGAAAGCGGUACAGCGAGGGGGGACUUAAUCGGGGAGAAGCCAUUAAUUAGGGGGCCUCGGAGCUUAACUGGGGUCACCCUUUAAUUAAGAGGUCAGUGCUUAACUAGGGGGAACCCCUUCAUUGGGGGUCCCCAUUAAUGGGGGGUGAGCACUUAGUUGGGUCACCCCUCUGAUGGGGUGACCUGCUAGUUGGGGGGGGCAUCAAUCAAUUAGUGGGCACCCCAUUUUAGGGGGGGUCCAACACAUAAGUAGGGGCACCCUUAAUUGGGAGGGGUCAUUGCUUAACCGGGGGGGGGUCACCCAUUUAGAGGGGAUCAGCCCUUAUUUGAGGGGGGGGUCACGUCUUAGUUGGGGGGGGCAUCACUUAAUUGGGGGCACAAUUGGGGGUCCCCCUGUUUGGGGGUUAACCCCAUUUGGGAGUCCCUUAACACUUGGGGGGGUCCCCAGCCUCUGCCCUCCCUUAGCCCCACCCCCUUUAUUAACCCUGUCCCUGCCAUGCUGCCUUAGGGGGAACCCGGAUUUUGGGGGAGAGGGAGUGUUUUUGCCCCUCCCCCCCUUCGUUGCUGCCAAACGCCCCUCCCCCACCCAUGGGGGGGGCAAUGGGGGUGGGGGAGGGGGCGAAGCCUGUGACCAAAGGGCGGGAAUGACACUGGACGAUGGGAACAAACCUGGAAGGGGGAGGGGUGAGGGUGAAGCCCCUCCCCCCCCCGGCCUCCCCUUCUCCCACCCACCCCCCAUCGCACUGGGGGGGGUCGCGGGUAAUAAAGACUGGACUAACACAUGCACCCUA